AGCGGCAGCGGGCAACAGCGGCGUGAGCAUGCCUGGCUGGGACACGGUCAGUGGCGUGGCUCCCAAGGCACGCCUGGCCAUCUACAAGGUGUACUGGUGCAGCACGCGUACUUACGACAUACGCGCUUCAGAAACAGACGUCUUUGCAGCCGUUGAUCGGGCCGUGGCGGACGGUGUGGAUGUGCUGACCCUGUCGCUGGAUGACUCGUCGCACAGAGAAAUUAUGGGCGACGGCAAGGGCACCGGAGCCUACUUUGACGAUGUGCCUUUCCUCGGCGCCCUUGCGGCCGGAGUGACUGUGGUCCUGGCAGUGGGCAACGGUGGAGAGGCCAAGUUCCAUUACAUGUAUGGUACUCUUGUGGGUAUCGGCAACUUUGCACCCUUCUAUAUCAGCGUGGGGGCAAGGCAAGGCAAGGUACGUGCUUGUUUGUUCUACGCGCUGCAGCUUUGCGCUGCACUACUUUUUCCUCCUCUUUUUCUUCCCUUGAAUCAUGCGUUUUCCCAUGCUCCCUUCCCUCGUCUUGCAUCUCUCCCUCGUCUUGCAUCUCUCCCUCGUCUUGCAUCUCUCCCUCGUCUUGCAUCUCUCCCUCGUCUUGCAUCUCUCCCUCGUCUUGCAUCUCCUGCUGCCCUUCUCAUGCUUACACACACCUUCCAUGCCUCACCAUGCACAGCAGCAGCAGCAGCAGCAGCAGCAGCAGCGGUAGAAUCUCCUGCAAACACCACAGGCCCAGCAGCAUCAACACUGCUGGGAACCCCACUCCCAGCCACCAUCUCCCCUGCAGCAGACACCGCCCUCCCCAUCGUUCCCACCUGGUCCUCCACCGGCCCUCUCACCAAACCCGGCUGUUCGUUAUGCCGACCAUUGAAGCUCCUCCGCCGCGCCAACGCCAUUGUCAAGCCAGACGUCAUCGCCCCGGGAGCCAGCAUCCUUGCAGCUGAGCCCGGGCAUAAGGUCGGCGAGACGGGGAAGUUUAGGGUUUAUGAUGAGGACACUGCCAUCUCUGCGGCGCUUGUUGCUGGUGUGGCUGCUCUGAUCAUCCAGCAGCAUCCUGAUUGGACGCCCGCGCAGGUCAUGUCUGCAAUGAUGACAACAGCUGGCCGCACUGACAGCAGCAACAGAGUGAUUCGGAAUGUGAAUGGGGAACCGGCAACGCCCUGGCAGAUGGGAGCGGGGCAUGUGUUUCCCGCUAGGGCGCUUGACCCCGGGCUGACCUACGAUGCCGGGGAGCAAGAUUUUCGGAAUUUCCUUGCUGGGCUGAACAUGAAGCUGGCUCGGAGGGUGUUCGGGCCGGUGCAGCUGACACCCGUUGCACCCAGGCACCUGAACCGGCCUUCUAUCUCGCUGGUCAACAUAAUCACUAAACUCACCGCUAGGCGGACUGUGACGAGUGUUUCAAACACCACAUCGACCUACAGGGUGAGGGUUAACGCCCCUGAGGCAGUGAGAGUGAGGGUGGUGCCAUCGCAGUUUACCAUAGCGCCGGGGCAACGGGUCAGUUUCAAGGUGAAGGUUGUGGUGAGGAGCAAGUUCAAAAGGUUCAAGUACGGCAGCCUCACAUGGGAGGAUGACAAGGGGCACUCUGUGCGCUCAGUCCUUGUUCUCCAUUGCAAACGUACUUGCAUGUACUAUUGCUAG